AUGUCGAUAAUUCGGCAAUGGCGCACGGAUGAGGAUAUCUACCAACAUGUGAUGAUAUUGCCCGCACCGACACGCGGUUAUUUCCGUAUAGCGUUAAGCGUGACCGACGUGCCGGGCCGAAAUUCGAGGCACAUCUUCGUACAGCUGGCGGACGUGAUCCGCAACCUCCCGCGCUCGAUCAUGGUGGAAGACCUCAUCGCAGACCAGUUGGACCACGCGGCCUUUUACAUGUACAACGCCAGGCGUCUGGGAGGACCAGAACUGGACAUUCCCGAGUUAAAAACGCUGAUGACGUUGUGGUGCGAACAUUUCCCGGACGUGGAGCAUCAUAUACGGGUGCGGUCCAGGAAGACGCAGACAACCGUCGAGGACAUCGCCACCACCGAUGAACAGGACCACGACUCUGUCGCCCGGUGGGCCAAGUCUGCUUCGAUCAUCCAUUUACUGGCGCAUCCGGUGAUUCAAGAGGCGGUAGACAGGGGACUUUUGAUGAUCCAGCCGGCGAAGCCCAACGAAGAAGAGGUCGCGAGUACAUCCGCGAUGGCCAGAGGCCCAAAACAAAACCGCUGGCCGGCCGCCGGUCGGACUAGGCGCAAUUUGGGGGACACGAACCAACAACCCUCGGAAACGGUAAUGAGUGGUGCAGAUGUGGAAACGAUGAAGUCGUCCGGCGGCCGAGACAAACCACCUCGGGCCCUAUCAAUCAAGCGGUAUCCCAUUUUGACGGAUGUCGGUCAGCCUGGUGACUCCUCGGGAUCACCAUCGUCGAUCACCGUCAUUGUGGAUCCAGGAACCGAUGAUGAGUUGGAAGGCGAUAUACCGUUUGGCUUGGACGAGUUGCUCAAAGUGGCCAAGGCUAUGUCCAGAUUUCCGCCAAAUCACACGGGUAUCAAUCAAGGGUAA